CGGGAUCUGGGCGCUAUGAAAAGUGUCUGCCCAGUCACUUCCGGUUUUUCUUCCCCCAAUCCCUCAGCUGCUGCUGCUGCUCAAGAGGUCAGAUCAGCCACUGAUGGUAAUACCAGCACCACUCCGCCCACCUCUGCCAAGAAGAGAAAGUUAAACAGCAGCAGCAGCAGUAGCGGCAGUAACAGUAGUAACGAGAGAGAAGACUUUGAUUCCACCUCUUCCUCCUCUUCCACUCCUCCUUUACAACCCAGGGAUUCGGCAUCCCCUUCAACCUCGUCCUUCUCGUGCCUGGGGGUCCCAGUGACUGCUCCCAGCCACGUACCGAUACAGAAGAAGCUGCGUUUUGAAGAAAACCUGGAGUUUGUAGGGUUUGAUGCGAAGAUGGCUGAGGAAUCCUCGUCCUCGUCCUCAUCUUCACCAACUGCUGCAACAUCUCAGCAGCAGCAACUUAAAAAUAAGAGUAUAUUAAUCUCUACUGUGGCUUCGGUGCAUCACGCAAACGGCCUGGCCAAAUCUUCCACCACCGUCUCUAGCUUUGCUAACAGCAAGCCUGGCUCUGCUAAGAAGUUAGUGAUCAAGAACUUUAAAGAUAAGCCUAAAUUACCAGAAAACUACACAGAUGAAACAUGGCAGAAGCUGAAAGAAGCAGUGGAAGCUAUCCAGAAUAGUACUUCAAUUAAGUACAAUCUAGAAGAACUCUAUCAGGCUGUGGAAAAUCUCUGUUCUUACAAGAUUUCUGCAAACUUGUACAAACAGCUGAGACAGAUUUGUGAAGAUCACAUCAAAGCACAGAUUCAUCAGUUCAGAGAAGACUCUUUGGAUAGUGUUCUUUUUCUGAAGAAGAUUGAUAGAUGUUGGCAGAACCAUUGUAGGCAGAUGAUCAUGAUCAGGAGCAUCUUUUUGUUUCUGGAUAGGACUUAUGUUCUUCAGAAUUCAAUGCUACCAUCCAUUUGGGACAUGGGACUGGAAUUAUUUAGGGCUCAUAUUAUAAGUGAUCAGAAAGUCCAGAAUAAGACAAUUGAUGGCAUUCUUCUUUUGAUUGAGAGGGAGAGGAAUGGUGAAGCAAUUGAUAGAAGUUUACUCCGAAGCCUUCUAAGCAUGCUCUCUGAUUUGCAAAUUUAUCAGGAUUCUUUUGAACAACGAUUUUUGGAAGAAACUAACCGACUGUACGCAGCUGAAGGCCAAAAAUUAAUGCAGGAAAGAGAGGUUCCUGAAUACCUUCAUCAUGUUAAUAAACGUCUAGAAGAAGAAGCAGACAGACUUAUUACUUACUUAGAUCAGACCACCCAGAAGUCAUUAAUUGCUACUGUGGAAAAACAACUUCUAGGAGAACACUUAACAGCAAUUCUUCAGAAAGGUUUAAAUAACCUCCUUGAUGAAAACCGAAUUCAAGAUUUAUCUCUCCUGUAUCAGCUCUUCAGUAGAGUUCGAGGUGGUGUUCAGGUUCUCUUACAACAAUGGAUUGAAUACAUUAAGGCGUUUGGUAGCACUAUUGUAAUUAAUCCUGAAAAGGAUAAAACCAUGGUUCAAGAAUUGCUGGAUUUUAAAGAUAAGGUUGACCAUAUAAUUGAUAUCUGUUUCCUGAAGAAUGAAAAGUUUAUCAAUGCUAUGAAAGAAGCAUUUGAAACAUUCAUUAACAAAAGACCAAACAAGCCUGCUGAACUUAUAGCGAAGUAUGUGGAUUCAAAGCUUCGUGCAGGGAACAAAGAAGCUACCGAUGAAGAACUUGAAAAAAUGUUGGAUAAGAUUAUGAUUAUAUUUAGAUUUAUAUAUGGUAAGGAUGUUUUUGAGGCCUUCUAUAAGAAAGAUUUAGCCAAGCGCCUUUUAGUUGGGAAAAGUGCAUCUGUAGAUGCUGAAAAAUCAAUGCUGUCCAAACUUAAACAUGAAUGUGGAGCUGCUUUCACCAGCAAACUUGAAGGAAUGUUUAAAGACAUGGAACUUUCUAAAGACAUCAUGAUUCAGUUCAAACAGUAUAUGCAGAACCAGAAUGUACCUGGGAAUAUUGAAUUAACUGUGAAUAUCCUGACAAUGGGUUACUGGCCAACAUAUGUGCCUAUGGAAGUUCAUUUACCACCAGAGAUGGUAAAACUUCAGGAGAUUUUCAAGACAUUUUACCUUGGCAAACAUAGUGGCAGGAAACUUCAAUGGCAAUCAACUCUAGGACACUGCGUACUAAAGGCAGAGUUUAAAGAGGGUAAAAAAGAACUCCAGGUGUCUCUUUUUCAAACACUGGUGCUGCUAAUGUUUAAUGAGGGAGAGGAGUUCAGCUUAGAAGAGAUCAAGCAGGCUACUGGAAUAGAGGAUGGAGAGUUAAGGAGAACAUUGCAGUCAUUGGCCUGUGGCAAAGCCAGAGUUCUGGCAAAAAAUCCAAAGGGUAAAGAUAUCGAAGAUGGUGACAAGUUCAUUUGUAAUGAUGAUUUCAAGCACAAACUUUUCAGGAUAAAGAUCAAUCAAAUUCAGAUGAAAGAAACGGUUGAAGAACAAGCUAGUACCACAGAAAGAGUAUUUCAAGAUAGACAAUAUCAAAUUGAUGCUGCAAUUGUUCGAAUUAUGAAGAUGAGAAAGACACUUAGCCACAAUCUCCUUGUUUCAGAAGUGUACAACCAGUUGAAAUUUCCAGUCAAGCCUGCUGAUCUUAAGAAGAGAAUAGAAUCUCUAAUUGACCGAGACUACAUGGAAAGAGACAAAGAAAAUCCAAACCAGUACAAUUACAUUGCAUAAAAUGUUGUUGG